AUGUCUGCUGCGACGCCCAGGCAGAGGUUGGGAAGACUGUUCAAUCGACGAGAUGUGAGCAAUGCCACGAGCGAGCCUGCCACACUUGGACCACCUCCAGCUGGCGACAACCGAGAGAACAAACAUGUCCGUCGCAAGAGUUCCCUGCGCUCGUUACGAGAGCUCGUGCAGAAUACGAGCCGCUCGCUAUCGAGGACCAGGAAACCGCUGAAAAGAGGACCUUCUUACGAAACGCCAGAUAUCGACGACCAGCAGGUUGUGGUGCCGAAAUCCUCUGUCCAUGCAGUAGACAGUCUUCCUCAAAUAGUACCCCAGACAGAUCUAGCAAGCGAUCUGGCCCAUCUGGUCUUGACCGACACAAAAGAGGCUCGUCCACGAAUCGACAGCGUCGCAGACCAGCCGAUCCUUCGGCGCAAAGUCAGAAAGCUGUCUCAUGAAGACCGGCGAAGCUCUCCGAGAGGAUCUGCUGGACAUGUCGUUCAUAUCGACACCAUGUUGGAGCCCUCGGACGAUCCAUAUUCAGAAUUUGUUGCUGACUGGAAUAUGGCUCACAACGACACGCCCCUGGUUGGUGCACUUGACGAUCUUCCAGCUCCAUUGAAGGUGAUCAAGAGUCGAUCCUCAGACUUAUCGGAAAAUUCCCAUGGCUCACGUUGUAUGCCUGGCCAACUGAAUCACAAACCUCAUAUCCAAGACUUGCGGAGGUCGAUCGACAAGCCCGAGAAGAUACAUCAUGAUCGAAGGCGGAGUUCAGGUACCAGACGCGGAACUAUUCGAAGAUCCAGUUUGGACAAGCCACUACCUGAACUACCACUACCUCUUGUUACACAUAAUCGAGACGAUAUGUACGACUCUGGCAUCGAUAGCGAGCUUGGAAGGGAACGUGAAUAUCUGGUCAAAGAUUCAAAAGUACCCCUCGACCUCAUAGGCGUUGUCGACCUCAGCAACACGGAAGACACGCAUGUCGACACUAACUGGUCACCUGCUGUGACUCAUGAGAAUCGGACCGUCAACACCCACGAGAUCAUUCAGCACGCCAUUACCAAAGAGAUUCACAAUCAUCACAUCUUCCAUCGCAUCCUGCCGAUAAUCGACGUCGAGGUACUACCGGCUCGACAUUUCGUUCCAAAUGAGGACGGUGGUCUGACGGAGAUCGAAGCAGCAGACGCUCCAGGAGAUACCACCGAAAGGCUCCAGCAACUCAUCAGCGAAGCAGUCGCCAGCAUGCUUCCCAAGACUGAUGAACAAGCUGGCCCUAGGCAGUUCAGCGCUCGGGCUUUCGAAGAUACCGACGACGACUACAAGGAGUACACCAGUCCCGAAGGCAUCAAGCGAACAGAGCAAUGGUGGGUGCACUCCCCAUCAAUCGAGACAGGAGCAGAAGAAGCCGGCCAGACCGCUCCGUUCCACAUGGAUUCCGAGGACCCGGUCGAUGAUGGUCUGAGGGACCCUUUCUCCGAUGGUAUAGCCUCAUCCAUGUCUGCAACGCAGCCACACGCAAGCCACUCGAGCUGGGGUUGUGUUUCGAGUCGGAACAUCAGCCCAACGCCACUAUCGAUCCCGACUCAGCACACCAUUGUGCCCAUCAAGAUGACGCAUGGGGGUGCUGCCGCUCAGCAGGUGUAUUAG